AUGAUCGCACCGGCUCGCCUGAUAAACGGUUGCUAUGUGGAUGGUGCAAAAAUUCUGGAAACGCCCCGAAUUGGUGAUGUCGCUUUUGCGAAUUUUGAUGGUGCGCCUUUUCGAGCCGAAAUAGUUGACAUCGAGAAGAAUGAUGAUGGUGAAUUGAUGUAUCGUUUACGGUUUGUUGAUUACGGCAACGAAAGCGUCUGCAAAAAAGAGGAGAUCCUGGCAAUGGAUAGAGACCAACAGACGAAAGGUAUUCAACCGAUAGAUGGCGAUAACUGGUCCGAAGAAGCGCAAAAAUAUGUGGACUUAGCGAUGGCACCAUAUACAUUUUUUGAUGCUAUUGUUGGCAGUCCCAGUACAAAUGAUGUUCAUCCUAUUAGGAAGAAUGAUGAUGGUGAAUUGAUGUAUCGCUUACGGUUUGUUGAUUACGGCAACGAAAGCAUCUGCAAAAAAGAAGAGAUCCUGGCAGUGGAUAAAGACCAACAGACGAAAGGUAUUCAACCGAUAGAUGGCGAUAACUGGUCCGAAGAAGCGCAAAAAUAUGUGGACUCAGCGAUGGCACCAUAUACAUUUUUUGACGCUAUCGUUGGCAGCCCCAGUACAAAUGAUGUUCAUCCUAUUAAAGCUUUGGUGCCAAAGGCAGUGUUGACCAAAGAGGAUGGUGAUUCUGGGGAUGUGAAUGACUCCGAACAAGCGGAUAACGAAAACAACAAUGAAAACAAAGUGGAUCUGGCGGAGUGGAUGCUAUCGAAAGGCUGUGCAAAGCUGACCACCUCUUGGAGCAGUUAUCCACUGAUCAAUUUGCUCGCGGACGGCAAACGCGAAUAUGAAAUGAUUUUCACCGAAGUGAAUGGGCAGAGCAUUCGUGCCUUGCCUUGCGAUUUCUCCGAUCUCGCCACUAAAAUGAAAAUGGCACUGAGGAAUAUAAAAACUGCUACGCUUAAUUCGGAAGCAUCAGUUGGUCUUAUCACUGUUAACGACGAAUACAAACGAGCCAUGGUAGUGCCACCACCGACAUCGGACAGUGAUAUUCAGCCGAAGAAGUGCGUGCUGGUUGAUGACGGUAUCACGGUGGAAUGUUCCGAAAAUUUGUGUGGCAUUGAUGGUUUAGGAGGCACCGAUGGAUUUUUGAUCCGUACAUGCCAUCAGAUGUCUGUGCAACUGCAAUUCGAUAGUGAUGCGGUGGUGCUCGAUGCAGAUUUGGAGGAAGCACUCUUGGCAUCAGAUUCUCCGGCCAAAGUUAUCCUUUCCGAGUACAAGAUGGACGGCACUUACAUUGUUAAUGAAAUUACACUUGCAAACGGCACAACAGUGAAGGCCAAAUGUUUGGAAGCGGAAAUCAAUUCUGUUGAAAUGGGCUCGCAGGAGGAACUGCUAGAAUGUGAACAGACACAGAGUUCCGGCGACAGCUUGCUACAAGCGUACCGACAUUCCGUCACCAGUAAUUCACAUCCUCAAACAGCAGACUCCUGCUUCAUCUCUCAGUGCGGUAAAGUGUUCCGCUUUUCAUUUGGCGGAUGGUCAGAUGAAGAUGGCAAAGAUAAUGUUAGAAAUGUGGAAAUUGUCGAAAAAAUGAACAUGGGCCGUUCAACAGACGAUGGAAAAGUAACGGGUGCGUUCGUGACAUCUGUUUCAUCCGAGCCAUCUGCGACUAUCAUUGAAACUGAACAACAUCAGUUGAUGGAAGAAAAUGGCACCUUCUCGAAGCCGGAGAUGGCGACUACUGAUGACGGGGAAGAAAAAGAGCAAGAGGAGCAGGUGGAACUGAAGCUGGGGCACGUUAGCAAAGCUACUUUUGAUGAGCAGGAAGAUAAAGCGUCAAGAUCGGAAUCGGAAGAUGUCGAGAAGCAUAGUCGCACGACUACCGAAGACGAACGGGAACAAGGCAGGGGUUCGGUACAAAAGGGAUGUGAUCGUGGUGAUGGGCAUGAAACGUUCAGCGAAAGAACAUUCCAAGCCAUAAUUAAAUUUGAAACAGAAACGUUGUUACUUAUAAUGUUGCGAUUUGCUUCUGCUGAUGAAAGUGAUACUGGGACUGAUUCUGACGCAAAUGUUCGCUCCACUACAAUGGUAUCUGCUCCUGAAUGUUUAGCAACGAGUGUUGUUGACCAGGCAGCCGCUGCUCGUGAUGGUGAAAAUUGUGCAGCCGAUCCAGCUCUGCCUUCGGAAAAGCCUAAAAUCCAGCUUAAGGCUUCCGAAAUAAUUGCUAUCACAGAAAGUGGUGUCUUCGAUAAUGCUCAUGACGAUGAUAAAAUGUCGGAGCCGGAAAUUGGUGCCCUCCUUGAUUCGUUAACAAUGCGCCCCGCUGAAACAGAGGAUUCGGAAUAG